UGAGGUAAUUUCAAUAAUAGUCAAAUGCCAUAGAUAUAUGUGCUGAUGGCAUUCGACAGAAAAUGAAAAUAAAAACUUGUUGACAAUUCAUUGUCUAUUUGACAGAUCAAUUCCAUUUAAAUGCAAGUUUACUGUUCCAUUAUUCCAUCUAAUUCCAUGAACUUCUCUCAUUAUAUCCUCAUUUUCCAACUCAAGAAAAUGUUUUCAUUUGUAGUUUUUCAUGAAAGUUUCCUUUGAUUUUUGCCCCCAAAAUAUUCAAUAAGCAAAAAAAGAAGAAGAAAGAAAACCAUAAUUUGAAAGAGAGAAAAAAAAAAGGUCAAUGGAGAAAUCUUUGGGAUCUGCAUUUGUGGCUGUUUUUGCAGUUUCUGGAAGUGUUGUCCUUCUUGCAAUUAGAGUGCAUAAACACCUUCUUUCUGAUUUCAUGAACAAGCUCCAGGAACUUGAAAUAGAUAAAGGUCAAGCAAAGAAGAAGGUUAUCUUCUCCAAUAAAGUUGUGGAAUUGGGCUCUGAAAAUAAUAAAAAUGAAGGUGAUGAUUAUAUUUCAAGGAAGCAUAGGAUUAAUUAUGGAGAAUCAUCUGAUGAUGAGAGCUUGGAAUCCAUGCCUUUGAAUUGGCAAGCUCUUUACAAAGGUAUCCUCCUUAAUAAGACCCUUAGAGGUUAUAAUUAACUAAUAUUUAUUUACUAUCCCCUUUCAAUUUUGUACAAUAAUUAUUAUAUUCUUGAUGAUCGAUGAUGGUGACUUUGUAGUUAUAUUUGCAAAAAAAGAAAUGAUAGGUUACUGCUUUUAGUAAAAUUUCAUUUUUAUUUGUAUGACAUAUUGACUGAAUAAAGAUUUGGGGAUCAAAGGAGAUUUUUUUCUAUUA